CCCAACACGCCACCUGCUGGCAAGAAGAUGUAACACAGCGACGUUACAAAACACUGGACUUCCACUUUACAUAAAGCGCUUCUCACGUGUAGUGUGAAAAAUAACAAUUGAAGGAAGAAAACGGAGCGCUACCGUAUUACUCUGUCACUCAGAAAUGACACGGGCAAAGAAGGGUCCUUCAGAAGCAUCUGAAUCGAAGCAGAAGUCGAGGAGGCAGAAUGGAGAAACGUCUGGGGCUGCAGGACAAACCGUCUCCAUGAAGCUUCGGCAGAAGAAGGACGGGACGAACACAUUGAAAACAGGGCCUGUUUUCCCAACCACCAUGAUCAGAUCUUCAGUUGGGAAGAGAAGUGGACCAGGAAGCAUCCUGCACUACAUUUACCAGAGUACACUGGGGCAGAGCCUUCAUUCUCAGAUGAGACAGUGUCUCCAAGAGCCGUUUGUACGUUCCCUGUCCUCCUAUAAGCUCCACCGUACAGCCAGUCCAUUUGACCGGCGGGUCACCUGUCUGGAGUGGCACCCCUCGCACCCCACCACGCUGGCGGUCGGCUCCAAGGGAGGAGACGUGGUCCUCUGGGACUACAACGUGCUCAACAAGACCAGCUUCAUACAAGGGAAAGGAGCCGGGGAUUUUAUUGGUGGGAUGACGUUUAGCCUGACGGACCCGUCCAAGGUCUACCUGGCGUCUGGCGACGGUACGCUGACCGAGCAAAGCUUUCAGGGCGGUCCAGGGACGGUUCUGUCCAGAGUCCAGGACUGUGGACAUGAUCACCACAAUGUCUGUCUGUGGUACUGCUGUGUAGAUGUGUCGUUGAGCAGACAGAUGUUGGUGACAGGAGACAACAUUGGACGAGUCUUAUUGCUGGGCAUGGAUGGACUCCAGGUCUUCAACGGGAAGCUGCACAAAGCAAAAGUGACCCAUGCUGAAUUCAACCCUCGCUGCGAUUGGUUAAUGGCGACAGCGUCCGUUGACCACACGGUGAAGCUAUGGGACCUGAGGAACAUCAAGGACAAGGACACUUACCUCCACGAGAUGGUUCAUGACAAAGCUGUUAACUCAGCCUACUUUAAUCCAGUGGACUGCUCCAAGCUCCUGACCACGGACCAGUAUGACCAGAUCAGGGUGUACUCCUCUUCUGAUUGGUCAACUCCUCAGCAGAUUAUCCAGCACCCACACAGACAGUUUCAGCACCUCACACCAAUCAAGGCCACGUGGCACCCUCUGUACGACCUGAUGGUGGUUGGACGGUACCCUGACGAGAGGGUGUGUCCAGGUGCCCUGAGGACCAUCGAUAUCUAUGAUGCCAACACAGGAGAGCUGGCAUGCCAACUACUGGACCCCAACGCCCCUGGCAUCAUAUCUGAGUGAACAUCCUAGUGUGGAACAGAGGGGAGACAUUGGCUGGUAAGCAGCAGAGAGGAGAGCUACAACAGGAAGCAGGAGUCCAGGUUGGCAGAGGUCGAGGCCAGCGGAGGAGAAGAGGGGAGACUCGGAGGGGGGGGGGGAAGGGGGGACGGGGGGAGAGGAUGAGGACGACAUUGGGAAGCUGAAGAAGAAGCUGUCUUCGUCCUCGGGGACCAGAACCAGAACAUCCAGGGACACAGAAGGGUCCAAAUAAAUAAUCAGGGAGAAAGAGUGUUUCCUUUAUUUUGGUAGUUACCCGACAAUAUCAUAGACAAGUAACUACCAAAAUAAAGGAAACACCAACAUACAGUGUUUUAACAGGGACACAGAAGGGUCCAAAUAAAUAAUCUGGGAGAAAGAGAGAGGUUUAUUGUGUGUUUCCUUUAUUUUGGUAGUUACCCGACAAUGUCAUAGACAAGUAACUACCAAAAUAAAGGAAACACCAACAUACAGUGUUUUAAUAGGGCGUUGGACCACCACCAACCAACCAGAACAGAUUCAAUGCUCCUUGGUAUAGAUUCUACAAGUGUCUGGAACUCUAUUGGAGGGACGCGACACCAUUCUUCCACCAGAAAUUACAUCAUUUGGUGUUUUGUUGAUGGUGGUGGAAAAACACUGUCUCAGGCGGCGCUCCAGAAUCUCCCAAGAGUGUUCAAUUGGGUUGACUGAGACACAUCCUCUAUGUCCCUUUGAGAGCCCUCUUUCAGUCACUGAAAUCUGGUGACUGAGACACAUCCUCUAUGUCCCUUUGAGAGCCCUCUUUCAGUCACUGAGAUCUGGUGACUGAGAUACAUCCUCUAUGUCCCUUUGAGAGCCCUCUUUCAGUCACUGAGAUCUGGUGACUGAGACACAUCCUCUAUGUUCCUCUGAGAGCCCUCUUUCAGUCACUGAGAUCUGGUGACUGAGACACAUCCUCUAUGUUCCUCUGAGAGCCCUCUUUCAGUCACUGAGAUCUGGUGACUGAGACACAUCCUCUAUGUUCCUCUGAGAGCCCUCUUUCAGUCACUGAGAUCUGGUGACUGAGACACAUCCUCUAUGUUCCUCUGAGAGCCCUCUUUCAGUCACUGAGAUCUGGUGACUGAGACACAUCCUCUAUGUUCCUCUGAGAGCCCUCUUUCAGUCACUUCUUCUAGCCAUAAUGGGCAACUGGGCAUAUUUUUUUUUUUACCUGACCCUAAGCAUGAUGGGAUGUUAAUUUCUUAAUUACCUCAGGAACCACACCUGUGUGGAAGCACCGACUUUCAGUUGACUUUGUAUCAUUUACUCAAGUGUUUAUUUUAUUUAGUCAGUUUCCUGUCUGCAUUUGUCAUCUGUUACCUUUGUCUUGUUCAAAUCAUGUGUUUUAUUGAAAAUGUUCCAUUCCCUUUGUUAUAAACAGGGACAAUCGUGACUUUGACUCAACACAACGUCCACAGAUGUUUGAAAUAUGACUGACAACAUAUCUUGUGUUUCAGAUGUUUUAUAUACCUCUGUUUCUGGUGAUACAUUGUUACGUUUUAUAAACAGUUCAUACUUUAUUAAAAAAGUGCAUUUUGAUCUUCAA